CUUUGAAGAGAAAAAGAUGGCUGAAGAAGAAGUACAAGUGUUUGGCUUCCGGUCAGGCCCCUUCAGCCUCAGAGUGGAGUUGGCUCUCAAACUCAAAGCCGUGGAUUACCAACACAUUGAAGAAGAUUUGCUCAACAACAAAAGUGAUUUGCUUCUCAAAUACAACCCAAUCUACAAGAAGGUGCCUGUCCUUGUCCACAAUGGCAACCCCAUUUCGGAGUCACUCGUCAUCCUUGAGUACAUCGAACAUAACUGGACGCACAAUCCCAUCUUCCCCGCACAUCCCUAUGAUCGAGCUCUCGCCAGGUUUUGGGCCAAAUACAUCGAUGACAUGGUUGUGCCUGCCGUGCAUAAAAUUUCUCGAAGCAUGGAAAAAGAGAGAGAGAAAGCCAUAGAAGAAGCUCAGAAGACCUUGGAACCAUUAGAGAAUGAGCUUGAAAGCAAGAAGUUCUUCGGAGGAGAGGAAAUUGGGUUGGUGGACAUUGUAGGACUUAUUUUGGCCGGGUGGAUUCCUGCCAUUGAAGAAGCUUUAGGAUUUGAGCUUCUCAUAACCCACAGGUUUCCAAACCUGAAAAAAUGGACUGAAGAGUUCGUGAACCACCACGUGGCCAAGCAGGUUAUGCCUCAAAAGGAUGGGCUUGUUGCCUUUCUUAAAAAUGUUGCGCUUAAUCGAAAAAAUUAAAAGAUGAAAUCAAAGUUUGUGUUGUGCUAUCACAAAUAAAUUCAGUUUUUUUUAAUACCGUAAA